AUGGGAUUCACAACUGAGCUGGUCCAACUUCAAGUAUGUGAAGUUAUGCUGACAUACUCGGCAUCUGUAACCUCCGGGGAUCAUCUUGUUUACUCCGCCUUGUUUACCACAAAGCUAGUUGAUGGGUCAACCAGUUCACAGGUCUGUCACUGGCCCGCACAGUGCAACGUCGACGCCGGCACACCAAACGGCAGCGAACGGUAUGAUGGCCCAGUGGCGUGGGUUGCUGUUGUCCCUUCCGACGACACGCGUGCAACGGGCUUGGUAAAACCUCGUAUGCACAACGACCAGUAG